AAUACAUUUAAAAUUUAAAUGUUUGAAGUAGCCUAGUCAAAUAAGUAAACUUUGAAAACAUUUGAGAGGUAUCUGCGUCACUUUAUUAAAUUGAUUAAUUGAAAAGGAUUUAUUAUAUUUAUUGUUUUUGAAUAUAUUUGCAUAUGAAAAUGUGACAGUGUCAGCCCGGCCCCCAACUGCAACUGUAUAUCGACAUCGUUUUUAUUCCGAUUAGUAAUGUUCGUUUGGUUGGUAUUAUAAAGAAAUUAAUCUAACUUAACUAUUGUAAAAAUUGUUUUAGGAAACCAACUUCAAUGUCAUUUAUUGUAAACGUUGCGUUUUUGUUUCUGUGUCAUCGUCAGCUCAGCUGUGUUGUAGCGUGAGUGGUGGGAUCUUCUGGUUCUAAGUUUUGUCAAUAAACCUGUGUGUUUUAGAGUUUUCUCGAUUAUUACGUGAGACCCGUUGGGUUUGAACACUUCUUCUCGUACUUACCUGCAUUUAAUGUGAAAAUCACGGUGGCAAUGGAAAAAUUAAUUUCAACUUUAUCGUCUUUACUCGUUUGUGCUUGUGUUGUUAGUGCGGAAUGGAAUACGAAAGAUUUUAUGAAAAGAGAACAUUGUCUGAUAAAACCAUACCAAGGUUCUGGCAUGACGAUACCCUACUGGGAUUUUAUGGGAAGUACGAUUGUAACCAAUAAUUACAUUAGAUUGACUCCCGACGACCAAAGUAAACUAGGAGCUCUUUGGAACAACGUGCCGUGCAACGUCCGCAACUGGGAGCUCCAGGUGCACUUCAAAGUGCACGGCAAGGGCAAGGACCUGUACGGGGACGGCUUCGCCAUCUGGUACGCCAAGGACCGCAUGCAGAUCGGGCCGGUCUUCGGCAACGUCGACUACUACCAAGGGCUCGCCAUCAUCCUCGACACGUACAGCAACCACAACGGCCCGCACAACCACCAGCACCCCUACAUCUCGGCCAUGGUGAACAACGGGUCGCUCCACUACGACCACGACCGCGACGGCACCCACACGCAGCUCGCCGGCUGCGAGGCCAAGUUCCGCAACCUGGAGCACGACACGCACAUCGCCGUGCGCUACGAGGGGGACGUGCUCACGGUGUCCACAGACCUGGAGAACAAGGCGGCGUGGAGGGAGUGCUUCUCCGUGAAGGGCGUGCGGCUGCCGACGGGGUACUACUUCGGGGUCAGCGCCGCCACGGGGGACCUGUCCGACACCCACGACAUCAUGUCCAUCCGCCUGUACGAGCUCGACCUGCCGGACGACCCAAAAGAUGAAGACAGGGCAUUCAUCUCCCCUUCAGCGGCCUUCUUCGAACCACCUCGAGAUCACGUGGAAGACCCGAAACCGUCGUCGCUCUCCGGGGUGAAGAUCUUCCUGCUGAUGCUGGUGGGGGCGUUGGCUCUCAUCGCUUGCGUCGUGAUCGGGAUAAUGUUCUACCAGAAGCACCAGGAGAACUCCCGCAAGCGGUUCUACUGAAGCCUCGGGCGGGCUCGCCAUGACCCCCGCGGCCGGCCGCUUGACCCGCGCCGACUUGGAGCGCGUGUUCCGUGGCGACGGAGCGCGGCUGUUCGCCCGACAUAAGCGAGAACUCCCGGAGUUUCUUUCCCGAGUGUCACAGUGAAAGUUAACGUGCUGUAGUUUUUUGUUCUGGUCGAUUCGUGUCAUUUACUUUUUUUUAAAUAUCACAAAUUCCUAUUUUUUUUUAUUUUUUAUUUUUCUAAAGUGGAAAUGCUGGUCUCUCUACGUGGUGAGUUUUAAAACUUAUUUCAACAUGUGGGGUCGUCUAAUUUUAUUUACGAUGGAAAUGCAUGCGGACUUUGCAUUGCAGCGAGAACAGCAAUUUUUGUCUCCCCCCCAAGUGCCUUAAUGAACUAACUGUGUUUGGUCAUAAAAAAACUACAUUUGCCAGUGAUGACAACUUUUUUUUUCCCCUCAGAACAUUUCUCUGAGCCUUUUUGACUGUUAAUAACUUGGGCUUUGUGCUAUUCAAGAUUGUGCAGCGAUCAAGAAAAUCGUAUCUACUCAACAUGUUGUGGGGUCAUAUUAAAAUACUUAGAAGAGGGGGGGGGGAGGAAGGUUUAGAUCCGGAAUAUGCCAAAAAAAUCAUUUUAAACACAUAUAUACAUAUACCUGUUUUACAGUAUAAAUAUAUGGGUGUUGUGUGUUCUAGUUCAUACACAUAUCGUCUAUCCAAGUGCUUUCUUUCUCCUGUCACUGUAGACAGAAAUUUGAUGUAAAUGCAUGGGAAAUGGAAAGAGUCAGAGAUAAAUUAUGUUUUUAAAAUGACCAAUUAAUUGCCUCAGUCCCUUUACCGAUAUUGUCGAGUACCACGUCCGUGCUUGUUGUAAACUUUAGGUGCUUGUAAACCAGUGAUUGUGGCUUCAGUGCUGUUGAUAGAAUUGUGAAUACCGUAGUUAAAUUAUGUAAAUUUACCAUGUGUAUUUUUUACUUUCAUGUAAUUUGCAUGGAUUGCAUUUGGGGUCCAGUUUACCAUAAUCAUGUUUGAAAUGUGCCUCUCUUAUUAUUUGUUUUAGGAUCAUUAUCAUUUGUAAGCUUUUAAAAAAAAAAAUUAUAUUUUUGGACUUCAUUAAGGGUUGGGAACUGAUGUAUCAUGUACGUAAGAUGACUUACAACGUAUGACAGUGGAAUAUAAUCACAGUGUUGAUCUAAAAUAUCUAUUAGGUAUUGAAGAAAACCUUUUUUUAGCUAUAUCAAUUUCUCAUCCUUAGUUAUCAACUUUCGUAUUAACUAAUUUUUUUUUAUUAGUUGUUAUAAGGUGUGCAUGAAUUCUUCAGAUUGAAUACUAAUUUUAAGUGUGUUAAGGUAAGGGAUAUCCAAUUUGAUGCCGCAGAAUUUUUUUGGCAAUUUUUUAAAACUUGUUAUCGUGAAGUAUGUAUGUUUAUUAUUGAUGUAGUUUUGUACGGACCAAUGGACACAUAAUGCAUGAACAGGCAGUUUGAUUUUGGCUGUUACGUUUGAUGUGCAGAAGUAGCGGUCCAGUGAAACAGUCCAGAUCUCCCUGCUUUGUUAAACCGUUUGAACUAAAAAUAAACCUGAAAACAUAACAGCAAAUAAGGCUUCAUAGCUUCGAAAAUGGAAUUUUCAGGAUUGGAAUAAACUUUUGAAGUUGUUAUUAUUUUUUCAAAAUUUCAAACUCCAUACCACUCAAAUUCCUCAGGUCAAUGGCCUUUUUCCACCUCCGCUUCCCGGAAAAAGAUUGGAGCCAGGUCCAUUAGUUGUGAAGUUAAGAUAAGGGAUUAAAGCAAGUAAAAAUUUGGUGUAUUCAUUUUUAUUAAAAGUACGAUAACUUGAGCAAUACAGUUUUGAGUUUCUGAUCGAUCGUCUGUGUUUUAUCUUAUCUAGAAAACACGCAAAUGUAUCUGAUACUUAAAAGAUGGUUGACUGAACAGGUACAUUUUCUUCAUAUUUGUUUAUAGACAUCUGCUAAGUCUGACCGCUGUUGAUAUAGGAGUUGAACAUUAGCAUAUUUUUUUUUAAAUUUAAUAAUGUUUGUUUGGAAAUGUAAUAUACAAUUUGUAAAAGGAGCAUAGCUUUAUGGAGAAUAGCGUGCUGAUGCUUUCCCGGAAAUACUUGUGGAUGUGGUUUCAAAUCGCUGUCCGAGGUGUGCAUCUGUAUUCUCUCUCGUCUUAUGUUGUGGUGCAAGCAGUGUUGCCAUUAGCGCAGGGUUAAAGUUAACUUCCAGGGGUUUUUAGAAGCCCUUAGGUAUCAUCUGUAAAAGUAAAAUAUGAAAAUAUGAUUGUUUUAUUUAUUUGUUAACAAAUGAGAUACAUUCAAUUGUUUGGUUGUCAAAAAAUAUAUACACACAUUCGUGAGCUAUAAUUAAAAACUGUAAAGUACUUAGCUAUCAGACCAAAAUAAAUGUUUAUUGUUUAGAAGGUUCUAUUGUUGUUAGUGGCUUUCCGUCCAUAAAAUAAUAAUAAUAAUGGGAUGUCUAGAAAAAUCUUCAAAUUACCCGGUUUUUCUUUGUCCUACAUUAGUGUCCGAGUAAACAUGUGCUUUUUUGUUGAUUGCAUUGUGUGUCCAUUUGUGUAUUUGCAUGAUCAUUUAUUAGUGUUUGUAUGAGCUUAUUAUGUAAUCAUUGCGUUCAAAUGACAUUCCACAAAACUGUAGUUGCAGCUAGAAACGUUUGAGGAAUCGGAAUGGUUAUCAAAAAGAGGUUAGUUUCGGUUCUAAAGUGAAAUUUUUUCUUUGGAAAAUAUCCGCCCCAAAACUUAAAUUUUUUUAUAGUCUAGCUCAGCAAAAUUUGAUUAAGUUUUUCAUUAUUUGUAUUGGUAACCAUUUUGAAGAGAGAAAAAAAAAGAAAUAAGGCUUGCUUGAAUGGUUUGUUCAAUUUUUUAAAGGUAAACCAAAAUAUAUAUAUAUAUUCAUAGUAUCUUUUGGGAUUAAUUUGUCUUGGUAAAUUAACUAGUGUAAAAACUUGAAUGCUAGGACAAGUUUUAGUUAAUAUUUUAGUGAGUAUUUUUUUUGUCGAGUUUUUUCUAUUGAAAAGGUGUUUAGCCCAUGUUUUAUCAUCACGUGCUCAAGCUAGGAGAAAGUUGCUGUGUACAUAUGACUGAAAAAUCAUUUAGUUUUGUUUUUAGCACUAACAUUUUAAAUUAGAUUCAUUGAUGUAACCCAAGCAUCACUUGCUGUAUUUAUUGUUUAAAAUGUAUGGCAAACUUUUACAAAAAUCCAUUCAGUGGCUUCCAAGAGUUCCCGCCGGUGGUGGACUCAAAAGGGGAGGUGAAUCAGGAAAUAAAUGUCCCCCCCCCCCCCCCCCUCCUUGGCCGUGGAAAAAAUUGGCAUGAUAGCUUGUGAGUCAGCGUUUUAUAUUAGGUGAUGUGAGUUUGAGCUGUUUAUCGCACUACUACGUAGGAAGUGACGCACGUUUAUAAUGUUAAUUUAACUGUUGAAACACUGUGUUUUUUAUAUUUUUGUUUUGAUUUCACAAAUUCUAAUGUAAUUUAUUUACAACCUUUUUUUACCUCCUCCUCCCCCCCCUUUUUUUUAAAAAUACUAUCCCCAGACAACCCCCCCCCCCCCCCCCCUCCUUUUCCCAUCCUACACACACAAAAAAAGGGGGUUUUGUCUGUAAAGUCAGUUUACGGACGAUAAUUUUAUGUGAUAACGUCAUAAUAAAACAUUGAUGAAAAAUUGCAUACGUUUUAAUUUUCAAAUAUUAUUUACAAUUUUUGCAAAUUUAAUUUAAAUAAUUUUUUAAAAUAUAAUCACGAACAAUUAGUUAUAGAAAUAAACUGAAAUCAAAUCAAUGUCAAUAAAUUGUUAAUUUGAAAUGACGGAAUUGGACAAAUAAAUCAAAUUUUUUAAAUUGCUGCUUUUAAAAAGCUCGCCUUAACCUGUUUGAUAUUAUGGAAGAUUUUCUCGCACGGUGGCUGGCCGGUUCUUGCACGCUCGGCUCAGGCGGAACGUGACAGUGAAUCAUGCUUUUUCGUGCGUGCAGCCGGCGUUCAUCGAUUUAUAAGACGUUAUCACGUGAAAAAAUAAUUUCCUGCAUCUGCCACUGGUUUGCACGGAAAUUAAUGGCCUUUCAACCUCUUGUGACCUGGCCUCCAUAUGUUUUUUUUUAUUUACUGAUUCUGUCUAAAUUAUAGCUCAUUCCCCUUAAUUGUUAUGAAUCAUGCUCUUUUUUUUUAUCUUCCACUGAUAAAAACUUCUUUUUUUAAUUAUAUGCAUACACACAAGAUAAAUUCUUGAAAUUUUUCAGCGGGCAUUGCUAUUCUUAUGGGAAUUUGAUUUAUUGACCUCUUUUAUGAAAGAGGAAGAAAAAAAAAUUAUAAAUAUAGAAACAUGAAUUAAAAAGGAAAACUAGACAGGGAGUAAAUAAAUGAAAAUGAAACAAAAAAAAAAUAACAGAAGAAAGUUAACUUUUAGAGCAAAAUUUUUGUGUGUUGUAAUCUAUUUUAAAAUAAAAACAAGGGUUUGAACUGCACAACUAGUAACUUUAUUUGAAAGAUAAAAUUUAUGUUUAAAUUAUUGUGUACCAUUUUUGCCUGUGCUGCUUAUGUUUAAAGAUGUUUAUAAUAGUGUACUGUCGACAGACUUUACCAUAAGUCCAUUAAGUGUCCUGUUUCUUUACUAUGAAAUCAUUAAAAUAUAUUAUUACGGAGAAUUGGCGGUUUAUAUUGUUUGUGUGGGUGCUGUGAACUUUAAGAGCCAUUUCACCCCGCUGGUCUUUCCUUAACUUUACCAUUCCCAGAAGGGGGGGGGGGGAGGUUAUUUUGCUUUGUGGUGGACAGAUUUCAGCUUUGCUCCAAUCUGCGGAUUAAGUUUUCAAGAACACCAACAUGACAGCGACUUCCCCCCCCCACCCCCCACCUUCACCCCAAAUCUCAGUGGUUUGAUUCAAGCAUCUUAUUUUUAUCAAGUAUGAUGUGCAGCUAUUUUUAAGUUAAUCCUUUUGUGUCCUUAAGCAUCACAACUGAUGACAAAUCAAACAGCGAGCUGAAAAAAAAAAUUAGUGCGUUGGAGUCCAUGUGCGAUAGAAGGGAAACCUCUUGCUUAUUUAUAUUUUUAGGUGUAGGAAACGUAAUUCUCUUUUGCUGAGGUCGCAGAUAAAAAAAAAUAAAAUAAAAAUAUGUAAGUGUGAGAGUGCUAAGUUAAUGCUAUUGUACAAGUGUGCAAGCAUGCAUAUGUGCAGGUUUGGUGCCUAGUUUCUAUCCCCACCCUGCCGUCUUCUCUCUGGGUUCCCCCACCACGUACCUAACUAUUCCCCUCACGUGAUCGGAAUUUUCGUAACGCUCGAAAAUUGUAGCCCCCUUAAGCAAAGAAGUUUCACUUCAAAAAUUAAGUUACUGUAUAAUAAAAUAAAAUUGGUAUAAUUAUAAGCUGUAAUCAGAACGUUGUAACAUGAUUUCAUUUUUGAAAAUAAGAUUAUUAUUAGUUAAAUUGUUUACACAUGGGUUUUUACAUGACAAAUUUUUUCGCGGGCCGGAAUUUCACACUAAAUAUGUAUCCAUAAAAUAAUAUAUUCUUUCAGAUGCUUAUUGCCUUAUUGGUUAUUGGGAGUGUUUCUGUUUCACAUUGUGAUGUCGAGAAUAAAUUCUCUUCAUCCCGAGUGUGUAUAUAAUUAUGUAUAGCAUUAUAUAUUCCAGUGUUUUUUUUUUCUUUAAUGUGGAUGGAUGUUUUCUUUUUUGUUGUUAUUUGUGUAUUUGUAAUAAUGCUCAUUCGGAGUAUAGAUAAUAAGUUUGAUUGGAGCGAUCCUGUUGUAAUUGUUGGUAAGAGUGUUGGUUGUAGAAUAAAUGGACUUUAUAAUUUUU